AACAACUUUCGGUAUUGGUGUCCUGGUCAAAUUCAAUUUCAUGCUUUAGAAACAUAUUUUUCGGCAAUGGCAGAGGACUUGUCAAGCUUCAUUGAAUCUCAGAAGCGGAAGCUUGAACAGGAAAGGGCCGAAAUGUUACGGGCUCAAGAAAACGAGGUAAAAGCGAUAUUUUGACGACAAUUAAUUUAUUUAAGUUUUCUGAGCUAUUUUUAAACUUUUAAGUUUACAACAACUGUUUUUCGAUAAGCAUUUGCAGCUGUACGUUAAUGGUUUGAAGGCACUGUGCCUGAUAGUCUUAAUUUUUAAUGAUGAUUUUACCAAUAACGUAAUGCGCACAAAUUAUUGACUUUGGGGAAAUGGAAAUUUUGUUUAAGUACGUGAUAAACCACUUUCAGCCGGAUACUUUGUUUAGCAGCCUCAUCGAGUGCUGCAUUUAACCAGCUGUUUGUGUGGUAAACAAAUAAUGUAUUUUCGCAGACUGCAAGUUACAAUAAGUUGUUUUGCCCUAGGUGCCUGUAGUGAUGUAGUAGUUAUAACCAAGUACCAUUUUAGAAUUACACUUAAAAAUUGGAAAUACAAUAGCUAUUUUGUUCUCUCUAAACCUAAAGAUCAGGACCCAGUUGUUUGAAGGCUGAUUAGUGCUAAUCCAAAGUUAAAUUUUAAUCUGGGUUUAUUUAUUCCUUUAUUCAAAAGCCUUUUUGGGAUAAUUUCUGGUCUUCUUUUUAGAGCAUCAAAUAAUUAUAAUCUAGGCAAAAAGAAUUCGACUGAAUUUUCUUCUAAGCUAUCAGAUCUGAAAUCAGAUUUCACACUAACCCUGGGUUAUCUUAACCCAGCUUUGAACAACCCAACCCACAUUGUUAUCUUGCAGUAUUUUACACAUUUGACACUGGGGUUGAAAGAUGAGAGAGUCAAUGACUCAAAGCACUCUGAACAUGUACUUGUUCUUUUCUUUCUUUAUUACUCUUAACUUAUACCAGACUGUAUUUUUUUAUAUGGCCACCUUCAGCUGAGCAACAAUAAUUUAUAGAUGUAGAGUCGUUAUUCAGAUGAUAGCUUUCAACAGAAUUGUUUUUAUAUCUUGUUAUAGGACCGUAGCAGAACAAGUCCGAGAGGAUACAAACCUGAUGACAGGUAUUGUCAACUGUAAUCUGAACUUGGUUAUAUGACACUAAUGUGAUGUAAUUACCUUCUCCUUCAUGCCUAUAGUUAGGUCUAACAGGUUUUUCCUUCUAGUACUUUGCAGUCAAUAUUUUUUUGGCUGCAAAGUUCCUUUUUGACCUCACUUCCUUUUGUAUAUUGAUUAAGGAUAAUUGAUCAUGACUUUCUCUCAUAAGGAUGCCAUGAACCUAAAAAAUGAAAUGAAACCCUUGUUUCUUUUUGUUGGGGUUUUUAGCUCAAAACAAAAAUUAUUCUGGAAUCCAGGGCUAAAAUUUAUGUCCUCUGGAAUAGUAGGGCUCCCAGUGUUAUGCUCACUUCAAAUUGUUAUCUUGAUUUUAUUGGAAGAGUCACCUUAAUGGUUGUUAUCAGUGAGAGUAGCUAUCAAACAUGCAGAAAUCUAAGAAGAUUAGAACAAGAAUAGCAGGAAGACACUGUGGUGUAUUUUUUUGUUUAUUUACUUUAUUCUAAAUUUUUUGAUUAAAACAAUUGUCAGUUGUGUCAUCUCAUCUUUAUUUAGGUAUGGCCAAGUGGCUCCUACUCCAGCAUCUGAGUCAAGGACAAAGGCUAAAGGUAAAAUGUAUUUCAACCAUGUGCCAUUUAUAAGCAUUUUAGCCAUUUGCAUGGCUGUAAGACAUGUAUGUGUAUUAUCUUAUCUUACAUUUAACCCUUAAACUCCCAGAAGUGAUUCACAUGUAACUUUUACCUAUGAUAUUCGUUCACUAUCCAGCAAACUGGUUGUGAGAGUACUCAAAUAUAUCAGGUAGAAGUUGUUAUCUUGAUCUAACACCAGAUGCUCGUGACUAAUUCACAAGAAAAGGAGUAGCAGCUAGAGGGGAGAAUUAACAAUCAGAUCUUGGGGGUUUAAGUAUUUAGUCUGAUUAUGAGAAGUACACCUGUAGAUGAUGGAGCUUAUCCCAGGUCUCCUGGGCUGAAGUAGCUUGGUCUGAUUGACCAGAUUAACAUUGACUAGAAUGGUAGUUUUUGUCUGUUAGAAUUGUUAUCAUAAAGUGUCAUUAAUAAUUUUAUUACUAUUGCUUUUUUCAGUAACAACCCCUGAGAAAGACAAUGGUGUAGGAGGCCUGAAGCUAGGAGGUUAUGAAAAACACCAACAGAGGUUGCGUCAAGAGAGGAAAGAGGAUUAUAGAAAAUAUUUGGCAGAGGUAAGCAUCAAUUUGUCUGAUAGAGAGCUUUUGAAUUAAGUGACUACAACAGCCAGUUUAACGAGGGGAAAUGUUACUAGGAACCAAUGAGAAAUCAAGCAGAAAACAAAGUUUUGUUUAAGUUUUGUCUGAUGGUUAAGAAUGUGUAACAAGUUUUCUUAACUAGCACAGACGGAAGUAAAGUAAAACCAACACAAUUCUAGACUACUCUGGGACUCAACUGACAGUUCCUGGCUGUGUAUGAAAUUAUAAAUUGAGAACUCUCUUUUCCAACUUCUUCUCAUAAACUACUAUGUAAUUACUAUCAAUUGGGUGAACUUGGUGUUGCCACAAGAUGUGCCUUUCAGCUGAUAGGUUUGUCUAUUGUAUUUUCUUUGGGCAUUUUCUGGAUAUUGUAUUGAAAUUGAGAGGAGAAAUUACAUGCUAGUUAUUUUGUGGAGUGACAGGGUUUAGAUAGACAUUUUAAAUCACCUCAGAACAAUAUGAUUAUUUUUCAACCUAACGUAAUUAGUGAUAUUUAAAUCAGAGUAAUUUACUGGUCAUGGUUGAACAAUUUGUAGAAAAGCAAAAUCUUAUAUCAUGUGCACAAAUUAUUCAAUGUAAUAAAGAAGCCAAGUAACUUAAUUUAAAGAUAUGGAAAUUUUUUCACUGACUAAGUUUAUUGUGUUUUGCUCAUAGAAAAACAUCCGCAGCACAGGGAAAGCUAGCCCUGCUUUAUUGGACACCAACACAUCCCCUUAUCCUGGAUACAAGUCACAGGGGGUUAGUGUUCUUGUAGUUUCCCUACUUCUUUUAAUUUCUGGCUGAAACAACUGAUCUUGAAUGAAUUUUGUCAACUGUUGUCAGUUAUGUCUUUUACACAAUUUAUUAGUCAGUUCUCCUUUUGUCUGAGUGGUCAUCGUUAUAAAUUUGGUUUUGUUUUUAUGACACUUGAUUGAGAAUCACCCUAAAAGCAAUAUGAUCUUCAAAAUUUUAUUUAUAAAUGUGUUUUGGAUAUUGAAAGCAUGUUAAAUAAUACCAAUUUUGUGAGAUUUCUGGUUAUGAGAAUGGACAAGAAUUUCCUCCCUUGCCAUGAAUAAUGUUAUUUUUAAUUUGUUGAUAUACUGGUAUUCUAAAACGUAAUAUGAGGGGUUAGGAUUUGUAAUAGUUUGGUACUAAGAAGUAGAACUAGAACAUAGAACAGGAAAAUUUAUGUGUCACUAGAGUCUAAGUAUGUGUGAAGGGAAGAAUUAUCUGCAACAUUAAUUUGUUCUCUUAUUUAAUUAUUUCAACAACAAAAAUCAUUGAUUUCUUGUCAUUUAAUCAACAACUUAUGUUUUACAUACUGUCACCCAUGACCUUGUAUUUAGCCUUCUACGGGGUACAUGUGUUAAUUUGGUGCUGACAGUUUCAGUGACUAUCAUGUGAUAUCAGAAAUUAUUAGAUUUAGAAGGUUUUUUGUUGAAUUCAUUGAUUAACAUAUUUAUCACACGUUUUGUGAAUUAGAUUCUCUAAAUUUGGGAAUUAAUAAUAUUAUUAAGCUGAUCACAUUUAGUAUAAUGUCUAACCUAAAUAAUUAAUAAUCUUGAUUAUAUUCCUCCCCCAUAACAUAUUUGCAUAAUAUCAGUUUUCCUUAGCAGGUGGUGUAUAUAAUGAGUAAGAACCGACGAAAGUUUUCAACUCAACUGAUUAUUGUUUCGAGUUUAAAUCUCAGCUUCAAUUCAUAAAUUUUGGUGAUGAAAUAAGAAAUGUUUUUUCCAGUUUAAAAGUCAAGAACUCAACCAUCAAAUCAUGGCUUUUAAAGUCAGUUUGUUAUUUAUAUUGAUGGACAUUGGACAAUCAUGGUAACUUUAGUCUUAGACUGAAUUGUUAAAAUGAAAAGGGGGAGAAAAAUUGAAGCAUUCAUUUCAUGGACUGGGCUCAGUUGGAGUUGUUAAAGGAAACUUGCCGAACUGUUGAAAGGUUUGGGCUUCUUGGUGGAAAACUAAACUUUCAUGACAGCUGGCUUCACCUUUUGGUAAAGAUUGUGAGCUUUUAAAUUUAGUUGUUGUAAACUGGUGAUAAUUAUUUCGCUUUGAUAAAACAGAGGUUUAGAUAUUUGUGGGCUCAUUGUGUUGCCUAAGUGAUUAUGUCUUAUUUACCUUGACAUCGGGCUUUUAAUUAUGAAAGCUUUCACACACUUAUGUAUGUCAUUUAGCACUACUUAUUCCCUAUUAUGAUUGAAAGAAUUCAAAAGUUUUGUUGCAUGAUAUCUUUAUCAAUAUCGAGAUGAUAAAUACUGCUUCAAUCUGACAAGAUGUCAGGAAUUUGUUAAUUAGAGCCUUGAAUUUACUGCAUUUAUUACAAAUAAUAAUUUUACCAAUUUUUUUUUUAGGAAAAGUCUUCUUACGCAAUUAUACCCCCCACAUUCACAUAAUGGAAACAAUUUAAAAGUUCUGAAAUAAAAUUUUAUUCAAAGAUUUGGUAGCAAUUGUGUCAGAAGAGUUUAGAUGGCAAGCUUCUUGCUUGUUAAUUAUUACUUACUUUGUAUCACAAACAGCAAAAUGAAUUUUUUUAUAAAAUGAUUGUAAUUUUGUGAUUCUCACAAUUUUAACAAAUUAAAUUUAUCUCAAGUUAUCAUUUGCCUCAUUUCCUUAGUCCCAAACAAGGAGGGAUGAAUACAGGGAUGAUGAUGACCCCCACAAAAACAGAAGAAGAGGAAAAGAAAACUAUGAUGUAAAUGAUAUUUUUAAAAUUAAUAUUGCCCUAAAUACUUGCAUCUGAGUGAUUGCUCUAAACUAUUUGGAACUAUUUGAUAUCAUUAACUGCUCACAGCUGUAUAGAUAUAUAUAAGGCUAGAGUGAUGAGCAUAUGUUUGGUUCUUACUAUGGUUUUUCCUUCACAGGAUUUGGAAAGAGCCCAUGAUGUCAAAGACAGAGGUAAAAGUCUGAUUUGCCAACAGAAGUAACUAUUUAAUAGCUUUUGUUCUCUUAAACAAAAAAUAAGGUACAUUCAUUUAAAAAUGAAGAAAUGCUAAAGAAUUUUUCUAAUAAGAUAAUUUAUGUAAUUAUCUAGAAAAUAGAAAUUCUCUAACCAGUUCUAGGUAUUGGUAAUUAAUAGAGAUGUCAAUCAAAGCCAUUACUGGUGGUCAUUGCUGCCUGUAAGACCUCUCAUUGCGGUUUGUUUAGCCUGCAAGCAAGCUCUUAUUGCCACCUAUUUCACCUUUGGCAGUUGCUCAUUGAAAAAGUUAAUUUAAUCCUCUAACUCCUAAGAUCUGAUGGUUAAUUCUCCCCUCUAACUGUCUCACAUUUCCUUGUAAAUCAGUUGUGAGAAUUUGGUGCUAGAUUAAGAUAAUAACUUCCACCAGAUAUAUUUGAGUAUUCUCAUAACCGGUUUGGUGGAUGGUGCAUGGAUAUUGUAGGGAGAAGUUAUUUUUGAUCACUUCUGGGGGUUAAAGGGUUAAACCUUUGUGGUAAAUUAACUCACCCAUGCUAAUACUUUUUAUUGGCUUCAUUCUAGGGGAAAACAGACAACCAAGCAACUUGUUUGAGUCCUAUGAAGAUAUCUUACAAAGAAAGCGUGCCCAAGAGAGAAGAUAUAGGUGUGAGCUCUUACUUACUCUACAUUGUGAUUCUCUGCAUAAUUCUGUUUUGGGUUUGAUUACAAAAACCAAGAUUUUUUUUCUUGAUCAUGGGUAUUAAAACAAUUUUUACCUUUCUCUUUGGUAUUACAGAGGUUUUGAUGACUAUGAUUCUGGACCAGAAAGGUAAGUUCAGAAAUUUUAAGUUUCCUUCAGUACAUGCUGCUGUCAAUUAACAGUUGGUUUAUAUCAGCAUGGGCCCAUAGAGAUAUGAAGGGCAGGGGUUGCUUGGAGAGCAGAUGUGCGAGAGUUGCUUAAUAUGUAGCUGUCACAUUAUUAAUUAGUUCAUUUAAUUAAACCUUAUCAUUUACUCUCUGUCUCCUUCAGGCCCAUGAGACUGAAUGCUCCACAGUAUAAACAGAACUCAAGAAGUGAUGGAUAUCUUAGUCGGAGAUAUGAUGAUGAUGAUGAUUAUGAUGUAAGAUACUAAAUUUGUUUGGUUUAGAUUUCAAACAUGUACUGUUCAGUUGUGUGAUGGUCACAAUUGUGAUAUAAACAACGUCAACUGUAUGAAUUUGAUUAAAUUCUAUUUUAUUCACGCUAUUCAAAAAUUCUGUUUUUUUUUUACGGUCUCACAGAGUUUCAGUAGGAAUCGACCAAGAGCUAGGAGGGAGAAAAGCUUUGAAUCAAAGUAAGAUAAAGUUAUGUUGCUUAAUAGCCAUCUUGCAAUUUGAAAUAAGCACCAUGAUAUUGGGAGGUAAAUAGUCACUGGUAAAAUUAUAAUGAUGUUCAGUAACAUGCUCAAUUUGUUGUUGUUGUUGCUGUUGUUGUGUUUUUUGGUGGUAGAGAAGUGUGCAUAUCAUGAAAAGUCUCUCUUAGGAUUGAUAGUUGGGGAGUAGGGAUGGCAAAGUAGUAAGUUAGAGCAUUUGUCCCCCAUCACUAUGACCUGGGUUUCCAUUCCUGCAUGGACAUGGCAUCACACAUGAGCUGAAUUUGUUGUUGGUUCUUGUCCUUGCUUUGAGGGUUUUUCUCUGGGUCCAUCCUCCCAUGGUAAAAACAUUUUAAAUUCCAAUUUGACUUGGAAACAGUGGACAAGAAAAGCCACCUUGCAUUGUGUAAUGUCCAUUGCUUAAUUUCCAUUCCCAUUCUCAUAAGCUGAUUUCCUUUCUGUUUGAUUCCUCUAGGCGUGUUCGUUUUCAUGGUGAUGAAGAUUUGGAUGAUGAGUAAGGUCUUUUUGUUACUGCCAGUCAUUAAUUACCUUGAAAUUAUAGUACCUGCAAGUAAUUUGUUGCUAUGACUUUUCCAGUGUUGGGAUUUUCCUUUUUUUUUUAAAGAUCCUAUUUAGUAAAAGAGAAAUAUUCCAAAUUACUAAUAAACUAAGCCUCAGUUUUUUAACUGCUUGCAGCAACUGGCUUCUUGUUUCUCCUCAUGGUACUACCCUAGAAUCAAAUGUAAAGGUCAUGAGGAGAAAGGAAACAAUCACCAACCAGAGAAGCUCUUGAUUAAAAUUAAACAAAUUCUCCUUGUCAGCAUAUCAGAGAUAGUAGAGAGAGUAGUAAGGAGAAUAUACACACUCAUGUUAGGGUAUAAAAGGUUGGGGAUACCUCAUUUAAUUGGGUUUUAUCUCAUUCUUAGUGCAUGGGUCAAGCCUAGAAGAAAACUUGAUUAUUAUGAUGAUGAAGAUGAAGAAGAGGAACUUUUAGACUGGGUUUGUAUUUUUAAUUGGUUUUUAUUUUCUUUUAUCAGGUUAAUUCCUAACCUCUCUGCUAAAUAUGAUUAUGGAAUUUGUUUUGAGUGUACUGAAACAGAUAUGUCCAGAAAUGCAUGCAGUGAUAAAUCAAACCAAGCUGGUUUUGCUUGAACAUGUUUGACUAAAAUUCAUCAAAACCGUCAAUUCUGACUAAAAUUUGCCAAAAUCUUCAAAUCCAUGAACAUUCACCUGAUUUGAUGAAAUUUUGUCAAAUCUGCCAUUUUCUUUAAUGUGUGCAUUUCCGGACAUGUACUGAACACGACACAUUACCUUCUUGUGUGGUUAGAUGAAAAGAAGAGGAAAAAGACCACAGAGGAGAAAUAGUGCUCAUCUGCCAGAAAGGUAACUGUGUUAAUGUGUUAAGUUCAACCUAUAGUUACUCUGGUUGGAGUGCUGAGCUAAUACUUAAUAUCUAAGUAAUGUAAAUAAAUGACUUGCAAUGCAUUUGUCGCAAUAUUUCAAACAAUUGUCAUGUAGUAAUUACUCAAAACUAUCACAGUGACUUUUUACUCUGUAGUUUUUGAUAUGAUUGUCUUAUGUCAUGUUAGAAUUUAAGUAAAAGACUAAGUUGUAAUUAGUUUUUUGGCGUAGUAACCUAUGUGGGAUAUUUGGCAAAUGAUGAUAAAUCACUUGUCCUCAUCCUGGGAAUUACAAGACUUUUUGUUGGUCUCCCGACAUGUUGUGAGGGUUAUUAGGUUUAAGCAUUCUAUUGAAACUCAGUUGUAUUGAUUUGUGUUAGUUUUCUUUGAAUUUCCAGGCACAAUAAAUGAUUGAUACUUUCUUAUUCAAUUAGAGCACUACCUUGAAGAAUCUUUUUUAGUUUGACUGAGCAGGAUAUUGAUGUCUGACAGUGCAGCCUAGUUGGCUGUGCAGUACACCUCAGUUUAAAGACUGUUGAUGCCUAGCAUUUCUUUUAGCUUCUUAAAUUGAAUUCUUGUUCUAUAAAAACAGCAUGUUACCCUUUUUGCCUUUUAGAGAACCUCCACUGGAUGAAACACUCCAGAGAAGCAAAACUGACACUGGUAUCAGGUCACAUUCUGCCCCUCUUGAAGGAGCUGGAAUUAUUGGAGGUAAACUGCCUGAUAUUAAAAUAAGAUAAGAGUUUCAAUUACUGUUUUGUGAAAAAAUUAUCCAAGACUGAUGAUAACACUAAUCCUAUGAGUAUUUUGAAGAAUAAUUGUUUCUCUCACGUUUAGUCACUUCUGAUGUUGAUUGCAAUCCACAUCUCAGCUUCAUCUUGGAUAUUCACAGAGCUAGCCAUACAGUUAUAUCAAAUAUUAUUUAAAUCCUUUGUAUGCUUUCACUACAACUAAAAGUGGAUCAAGUGAUAAACAAGGUUGUUUGAUAACUUCAGGUUCGCAGGAAUCAAAGGUAGAUAAGGCCAAGAAACAGGAGCAGUAUAAGAGGGAGCUGCAACAGCAAAUGCAAGAGCAGGCAAACAUCAAAAAAAGGUAUCUUGCACUCUUGUUAGAUUAAAGUGUCAUGACUGGAGUGGUACAUUGUUGCAGGUGCAUAACAUAGUUUCUUUGGCAUGAAGCAAGCUAAGGUGGAGUUGGGUUACCCUCCCUUCCCUCUCCUGGACUAGAUGGAUGGAAGUCAAAGUAGGCAGUUACACAACAGUUUAUGAAGAUUCCUUAACCCUUUCGCUCCCAAGAUCUUAUUAGCAAUUCUCCUUACUGUCUGCCAUACAAUUCUUUAGAUUUUAUUCAGAGAAUUUGGUAUUGGAUCAACUAAUAAUCUUCCUAUAGCUAUUUUUCUUUAUUUUUAUCACUUGCCUGCUUGGUAUUGACAUUGAAUCUGAUUGUGAGGAGAAAUUCUGUCUUGGUUACUCAUGGGAGUUAAAGGGUUAACUGUUUAAUUGGGAUAGGAAGAAGCACUGUGUAAGGCUUGUGUCCUGCUCAAAGUCACAACACAGUGACUUGCACAGGGUUUUAACCUAGACUCCUCUAUCCACCGAGAGUGCAAUGAAUUUGUUGACUGAAAUUAUGAUACUUUUCAAAUAAUGUAUUUAUCAGCAGCUAAAGGUGAAAGGUUGAUCCAUAUAGAGAUGUAUGCCAUGUGCAUAGUUUCUGGAACCAAAGAUACGGGGAAGCUUUUUAUUUCUCAGUGAUUUAUUGUUUCUAGAUCCAUGAUUCUAUGUUUCAUUUUCAGAGAAAAACUGCUUCAUUUGGGAGUUGAGCAAAAUGACAGUGGGCCAGUGAACUCACAGGUUAUUAUUGUCUUUAUUUCAGUUUUUGCAUUGUUCCUCUACAAUUGCUGUUUAUAUAAAUUGUUGUAAUCAUUCCCUCUUCCUUGUUUUUUUUCCUGAAUACACUGGUAUGUACAAUGGAUGUGUUACAACUAAUUUGUUUGUGUUAAUUUAAUUUUUUUCUCAAUGAAUGACUCAAAUUCUUAAACCAAGAAAAAUGCAGUUAAUCUAAUUUGAAAUCAUGUUAAUCCUUUAACCCCUAGAAGUGAUUUACAAGUAAAUUCUCUCUGCAAUUCCAAUAUGUUUAUUGCAAACAGGUAAGGAUAACAAACAAGCUUAACAGCUAGAGGGUGUUCUCUUUAAUACUAUUUGGAUCUUGCAGCUAAAAGGGUCAACCUGAAUUCCAACCGUAACCUACAACAGAUACUUAAUUAGUUUCAAGUCAUGAGAAUGUUAUUUGCUCAGAUGAACAUGGUUGUAAAUUCAGGAACGUAACCCAAAUUUUGAAUUGCCCGAGGGGAAAAACAUAUGUUUAGUUUAUUCAUUUUUAAUUAGUUCUAGAGGUUUAAAAAAUCAAUUUUUCUUUCAGCUUGACAGAACCCCCCCAAAUACCAAUAGAAGAUCACAUCCUCCUCAGUCACAAGGCUAUGACACAUCCCUAGCCAACUAUGGACCUAGUUCCAGACCACCUCCUCACCCUGCGAUUCACUCAAAUCCUUACGAUGACCCCUACUACUAUUAUGGGUCUCUAGAAAUGGGGGCUCCCCAAGCCCCUUCAUUGAAUGGGCCUUUGGAUUCCAGAAGAGGUCAAGCAAACAGGGGAGGCCUAAAGCUGGAUGGUGGAAUGUCUGAAGGUAAUUUAGGUCUUUUUUUGUGUAAAUUUUCAUAUUUUUAGGAGUUGUUAUUGGGAAUGAAUUGGGUUAUUGCUAUUUUAUGUGGCAAAUGGCAUAUAACACGUCUCUGUCUAUUUUGGUGAUAGAUUGGAAUGCAAUUUUUUAAUUAACAAUUAUUCACCAAAGUGGUGAAUAUUUACUUAGCUGCAAAGUAGUGAGGUAAUAUCCACCUCUUUCAUUCAGGGGAAUAAUCAUUUUGGUAUAUACCACAGAGAUACAAAAAAAAUUAGUGUAUUUCUUUCAAUCUACCAAAAAAUGGUUGGAAAUUAAACUCUUGGUGUGCAUUUUUGUGUCAUAAGCUGCCUAUAGAUUAGUAUUUGCUAUUCACUUCCGAGCUAGCCAAUCAGCACUUGGGAAAAGCACUAUUCACUUGACUGUGUGGUAUGUACUAAAAAGCAACAUAAUGUGAAAACAAAUUAAUAUUAAUUUGAUAUUGCUUUGACUUUAUGACACAGGUGCUCAAACUAGGGAUGCACAUUCAAGAAGGGACCAAGGUAUUGGAAUGCAACGUCUAUGGUGUAGAAAUUGUAUGAUCCACUAUAAUAAUGAUUUGAUUAAUUUCAUUAGUCUUCAGUUGUGAAUUCAAAGAUUAUUGAUUGAAUCACAAGUCAAAUAUACAAAUGUAGAAAUUUUCUGUGUCUUAAUUUAUUUUGAACAUGCUGUUUAAGACUGCUCACUUGGAGCACACUAGGCCAUCUUUUGAGUGCUGUAAUUAUUCUAUGAUUUCAAAUGAUUAAUUUGGAGUCAUAUCACUUUUUCUUGAGUACUGGUAUGCUGAUAAGCAAUUAUUUUUCACUAAUCUGAUUUAUUGUUGCAGGAUACACCACUCCUGCUCCAUCAUCCUUUCCCCAGGGGAAUGAGGGUGAGUUAAGCCCUCAGUCCCGUCUGCAGCCCCCUGGGGGUUAUAGUAGUUUUGGAGCAGGAAGUGACGAUCCAGCAUUGGUAGACAAGAAAAAAGCUGCUCAGCAAGCCUAUCAAGAAGAGUUAAAGAGACAGGUAUUUGACUUGUGAAACUGUUUUGUCCAGUCAGGGCUAGAAAUGAAGUGGGAGAUGUUGUGGCUUAGAGUGUUAAAUUCUGGUUCCUGAAAGCCAUGGGUCAAUAUUUGUCUUUUUAACCCUGUAAGUCCCAAUAGUGACCAGCAUCUUAUUUCUCCUAACAAUAUCACUGUCUGAUCAAAUGUACAGAUCAUAAGAAUGAAUGAAAUGAUCACCAAAGAUGAAAUGUCUCGAUGUUUGAAAAAAUUCUCUCAAUAAGUAAAAUAAGAAACAUAUGGAGAACAGUGUCAAGAAUAUACAUGUUGAUAUCGGGGCUUAAAGGGUUAAGUGAAACUUAGAACAGUAGUGUGCCUCUUCACCUAGGAAUUGGUACUAAAUGCUGGCAGGUAACCUUUUUGACAUACCAUCCCAAGGGAAAGUGCAAUACUCUUAACCCUUAACACCCUAUCAUCAGUUUACAGGUUCUCCAUACUGUUAUGUGUGCACUACCUUAGAUGGUUCUUACAGAGAGAAUUUGCAUAAUAUUUGAGAGCCUCUUGACCUUGCAACCAUUUCCUUUAUUCGUAUGACCUUGAUGUUUGAUUCAGGGGUGAUACUGUUGAGAGAAAUUAGAUGCCUAUCACCCUCAGACAUUAAAGGGUUACUAAUUUGUUCAUUCUGGGAAACUUGGAUAUCUUUGGGGGGAGUUAUUCACUGUACUCAUGUGCAGGUGUUGCCCUUACAUAUUAAAGGUGGUAAUUCUUAAGCUUAUCAACCCUCUAUUUUUCAAUCAGAUGUGAGGUGGGUUGAAACCCAAUUGUGACUUGGUCUAAUACUUGCCAACUCCCAGCUCUAAUUAAAGGUGGAUUUCACAAAUGUAACAAAAACAAGAACAUAACUUAGAAACUCAAAUUUGUCAACUCGCAUCAGUGUGAAACUUGCUGAAAACAUUUAGAUGGCCCUAUGAAAGGGAGACCUUUAGCCAAAAGGUCUUAAAAGCAAGAGACUGUGUGGCGAUAUUUAAGAAUUUCCUUUACUUUUAGAUGCAGGAAAGAGAAGUAAAGAAGCGAAAAGAAAAGGAGGAAAAGGAGAGGUCAGGCAGCACUGAAAUUCUGGGUUCAAAUCUUAGUUUUAGAAAUCUGAGUGUGACUUGUUAAUCCUGGAAAUAAUUUAUAUAAUAAUUUAUAUGUUUAGGCAAAUGUUUUUGGUUUAUCAGAUAUGACAGGAAGAUUGAACAAGAAGCAGCUAAUUACAAUCCUUGGGGUAAGGGUGGAGCCGGUGCACCCAUAAGAGAUUCUGGAGGACAACUUGUUGGUAAGCUGGUUAUUUAAUUGGAGCCUGUAGAGGUGGUAACUAGAUGUGAUGGUAUCUGUCAGACUAAGUGUCUUUUUACUAGUUACUAAAAAAUCACACAAAACCUUGUUAUCUGUUACAGCCAGUUUUGUGUGGAAGGGUCGUUAACUUUAUACCCAACCCACAAACAGAAGAGUAUAAGGAUUGCACUUUUUCUUAUCUUCAACCUGUCCAGCUUUUCUUCUGGCAAAACUUCUUUUGAGAAAGAAUUGUUAGGUGCCUUAAAGCUCUUUUCUCUGAGGUGCCCACCUCUAAAAGUGUGUCUUGAAAUGCUUCCAGAUACAAGGCUCUACUAGAACACAGUUGUAAAUUAAUUGAAGUGAAACAAUGAUAGAGGAGUGGUCAUGGGCAUUUAUUCAGUCAUAUUUACCCCAGUCAGCUCACUAUUUCAUAAUAGAAAGGCUGUUAGAAGUUGGUUUAUUACACUGAGAUGCUAUAUUUCUUUUUCUAGCAAACUUACGUACUUUAAAGCAGUAUAAUGAUGAAGGAAUAAAUGUCAGCCCUCGGGAACAACCGCCUCCAGUAGAAACCAGGUUUGAUUUAUCAGCACCAAGUGUUCCUUACUUAUCCCCAAGACAAAGAGGGAACAUUCAGACCAGUCCAGCACCAGCUACAGGUAUUUUUUUAAAUUUUAUUUUGAAAUUCCAAACUAAGACAAGCCAUGGUUUUGGAAAUAUGAGGUACAUGUAGCCUGCAAUAACGGUCUCAUAAGUGAUGCAGCACAAAAAUGAGUCAGGACCCAGACCAAAUCCUUUGCUAGUUUGUUUCUCUAGCAGCUUGGCUACCUGAACCGCAGUGCCUAUGAAUGUUUAAAAAAUACACAUUUUGUGUAAUUGAAUGGGUAUGAAUAAAUGGUAUUAAGUUUAACCCAAAGAUUGAGGAAAUGGUAAUUCCACUCUUGGCAAAUGAAAACAUAUUAACAAUCCUACUAUUCCUCUUAGUUUGCUUGGCAUAGCAUAGGUCUAGCACUGUAAUUGUUACUACCUUCAGAUUAAAAAAUAUCAUGUGUUGAGUUAUGCCUGUAGUAACUGAGUGAUUGGCUGUUCUAGCUAUGAACGAUACAGUAAUACAGUUAACAGGUACUGUCAGUAGAAAUUCCCAUGCACUCAUUGGUCAAGAACUAUGAUUAUCAAUAAAGUUAUCAAUAAUAAAGAUGGCAUGAAAUGUAAUUCAACACCCAGCAAUCCUUUCUAUGUUGGAGAAAACAUGGCACUCAAAAUUUCUGAAAUGGGGACAGUGACUUUACAGAGAAACCUCUUGGCUGCCCCUCAUGGUUUCACUUAAGUUUUGAACAUUGUUGAGGUCAUUUAAAUGAUCAAUAAGGUUACAGGCAAUGAAAAAUUGUGGUCCAUCUGAUAUAUAAUUAUUUCACCUAACUGUGUGCAGUUGCUUUCAUUCAUGAUAUUUUUAUUGUUACGUACUUCAUUCAUGAUAUUUUUAUUGUUCAUUAGACUUAUCUGGAAAUGGACCAAGGACAACAUUUGGAAGGUCUGAUCCCCUCAAGGAAGCUCAGCCACAGGUAGGAACAUACCUAUAUACAUAAGCAUUCCAUGAAUAUGUAACAAAUCUCUUUUCAGUAUCAAAACUUUGUCCUGCUGUGGAUAUUAUGGAUGCCUGCUAAAUGUCACUCUCUCAGAAAAGUGUGCCAUGAUUCCUUCAUGCUGUUUAUCUUUGUGAGUUGAGAAUAUGUACAGCUGCUGUUCAAGGAAUCUUUUAACCCUUUUACUCCUAGAAGUGAUUAACAUGUUACUUCUCCUUGCAAUUUUAAUAACCCAUCAUGUAAAUAGGUUAUGAGAACAGAUGAUGUUAUGGUGUAAUUGGGUUAGGUGUACUUCAGGGCUGAUAUCAAUAUUCCUUUUGUUAUAAGGAUGAUCUCAAAAGAGCAGCCAAACUGGAGUACCAAGAGCAUCUUAAAAAACAGGUACUUUUAAUUACAACAAUGACUGUGUAAUUCAGUGCACAAUAAUGUCUAGUUUUAAUUUUGUGAGCAGCAGUGCCUGAAGGUGGAUAUGAAAGUAUAUUUUCACCACUAUUUUCAAUUUACAGGUUGAAGAAAAGGAGAAAAAGAAAAAGGAAGAACUUGAGAAAAUAAAACGAGAGGAAGAAGAAUUGGUAGGAUAUAAUUUAAUAAAUAGAAUAAAUAGUCAUCACCAAUAUUCCGCUAAAAAUAUUAUUUUUCCCCAGUUGUUAAAAACCCUCACAUGUCGUAAAAUGCAAGCAGUUUAUGCUUUUCUUUUUGUUUUGACUUAUAACUAUUUAAAUAUAUCAACUUCUCAGGAUCCUUUUUUCUCCUGAAUCUUGAAAGUCAAUUUUUAAUUAACCCUUUCACUUGUCAAGUCAAUUUUUGUUUCUGAGAAUUAUACAAUUUCUUGUUAGCCUUCCCUAAGAAUCUGUUUUUUUUUUUGUUUUUUUUUUGGAGACAAUAUCAUGUACUUGAUUGUUUUCUUUAUUCUCAUUGUUUGAUUUGUGGGACACAUGAUUUUUGAAUAAUUCAUAUUUCCUUUAGGAAAAAAGAAUAGCAGAGGAAAGGCUAAAGAUGCAGAAAGAUUUUGAGGAAGAGCAAGAAAAAACUCGAAAGAAAGAAGAGGAGGUACUCAAAUGUGCAGUAUCUGCUUCUAAUGAUUGAAUUAAUUUUUUAAACUAAUUAUUAAGGUCACUUAGUAAUAAAUCAUGAGCCUUUACCAACUGCAGUGGAUUCAGCUGCUCUGCCUAUUAUGAAUGCUAAUUUAACACUUUUGUGCCGUAGGCAAGAUUGAAGAAUGAACAGAUUAAAGAAGCUCAAGAGGCAAAGAAAAGAGAAGCAGAGAAGAAAAAGAAAGAGAUGGAGGAGCAGAGGCAAGCAGAGCUCAAGAGAAAACUUGAUACUGAAUUAGCAGCCAAAAAAGCUGCUGGUCAGGUGGGUGUGAGUAUCAUUUGUUGUUUUGUUACAAUGUAACUAGCAGUAUUUUAGAGAACUUGUCUCAAAGAGUGCUUUUAGAUUGAGUGUCUUUAUGGAAAAACUAAAGUAAAUCCAAUGGUGAAAUAGGGCAAUGUAAAAUACUGUAUAGAGCCAGGGAGAAUCCAUGGUAAAAACAAGAUGCUGCCUGAAGUGUGGGAAAAAUCAGGUGACUAGAUUGUGAUUGGUUUUGGUGCUGCAUCUGAUUGGUUUAGAGGGUGGCAAAAGUUUUCCAUUGCAAAGUAAAUCCAAACUAAUUGAAUCCUGGAUGAAUAUCAAAAAUCAAUUUAUAGUUACUCCUUAAAGUAAACCUAGUAAAUCUAAAGUCAGUGGCUAUAAAAUGGCUGAGAAAGCCAUGGGUUUCUUGUUCUUUAGUUGUUUUCAGGGAAUUCAUACUUGUAUAUGGAGGGUAAAAGGUUGAAAUCUCUCGCACUCUCGCAUACUGAUGCUCACAGGCUGAAAGAUAUAUAUAUGUAUCUCCCUUUCAAUGUCAGGAAUCCUCAACACAAGAAAGAAGCAGUUCACCUCCCAUCCCCACUGUCCUCAAAAGAAUGGAGGUAUGUACAGUUAAGCUGGCAAAGGCUGUGUUUUAAUUUUAUUAAUGUUAACUUUUAACAUUGUUUAUCAAUGGCCUUAACUAAUAUUUUGUAACAACUUUGUCUGCUUGUUGAAUUUCCCUGGAGAUGUGGGUCCAGGUAAGGUAGCAUGUCUGAAGCAUUUUGAGAAUUUUCUGUACCUUAAUUUGCUUGUGAAAAGAACAUGGGUUUAGGUUAGCACACUUUUGAUCCCUUUUGAUGAAAUGUUUCACUGAAGCUGAACACUCUAUCUUCUUUUCCUUGUUUGAGUAAUAUACAAAUUCAAAAUUAUUGCUGUGUAAAGAAAGUUGGUAGCAAGGAGAAAUUGUGUUUUGUUGUCAUACCUUAAAAGAAUGUUCUGAUUUUCCUUCCUUUAGGGGGAUGGUGAUGUUACAGCUAACUUCAGGUCAUCAUCACCUCCAAUUCCAGCAAUAGCUAACAAACAGACACCACAAAAUACAAAUGGUGAGAAGAAAUUGAUGCAUAUUAUGAAAAAAAAAAUUAAUGUAAUUCUUGCUGCAUAGUGUUAAGGAAAGGGUUAUGUUCAUAAGAGAAUGGAGCCUUCAAAUGUUUUUCUUGUUGAGCAGACUUCACUUAAAAUUCAAUUUUAAUUUUUUUUCCGAAGUUAAAAAUUUGAAAAUGUCUCCCAGGGCUAUCAGUAGCAAUCAAUGGAUCUUAUAACAUAUUAAACUUGUAUCAUUAUUUUAUGAAUUUAGGGUAUGUUGCAGGAUCUACUCCCCCUCCAUUGCAGGCCAGAAGAGGGCCAGGUAUGAUUUUUAUUUACUUUAUUUCAGAUCAAAAUUGUUUUAACCCUAAACACCCUAACAUGGGUCUACAGAUUCUUUGUACCAUUUUCUUUACAUUUCAUAUGGAACUGACAAGGAGAAUAUGUUUAGCAAUCAAGAGCUUCUUCAGUUAAAGUUUAAUUUUUUUUUCUCAAAGAACCUGUCAGGAGAGAUACACCAGAUAGAGAUGUCCUCAGUCAGCUGACAGCACUCAGGCAACAGCUUAAAAAUGAAGAGAAAAGAGUGCAGCAGCAAAUGGAUCAUUCUACAGCUGUGGUAUGAUUUAAUGUCAUUCUUUUUUUUUCCCUGUCUAACUUGAAGUGCACCUGUAUGUGCCACACAGUUGUGUUUGUACGAUUUUGAAGAUGUGUGUCUCUGUUGGAAACCAUUAUAUUUGUAAAUGAAAAAUCUAUUAAAUCUAUGCACAAACAUGAUGCUAUCAACAUUGCUGAUCCUAGCAGUAUGCAGGACAUUUGUCAUAUGAACCUCCUAAUAGACCUCGCUCACAACAGAGUCUCUGUGUCUUAGCAGCAGAGCAACAGAGUGCACAUUUUGAAGGUCUGAGGUUUGUUUCCUCAUGGAGACUCAGAAUUUUUUCUUUGUCUCAUGCUCAUGACAAGACUAACCUGUAUCAGUAAGACCUACAUUAAUACAAGCAAAACUAAAUUCAAAGCUACUAUUAAUGGUGAUUAGAGUUAUUCUUAUCAGAACUAGAGGUUGUACGUUAUUCAUCUCCAGGCUAAUCCCCUAUAUUUUGAAAAAAGUAUAUUUUGAUGCAAAUGGGGUCAUUAGUUUUUUAGUGCCAAGAGUGAGGAGAAAAAUUAAAUUUUUAGCUUUAAACAUAAACACAUAUAAACUAAGUUUGAUGGCCUAGCUUUGAUAAGUCUCUUAAAGUUUAGUAUUAAUGUACUUAUCAAGAGUUACAUCUUAUUCUGCUGGCAGCAUUAUGGAUUGUUUUUUUUUUGUACUGAGUAUACUUAUGUCAUUAACAAGAAAAAUUCAUGUUUUGAAAUAUGCUUUUCCUGUUGUCACAGAAAGGUUACUCUGAGAUGCAGAGAGUUCCUGAAGACCUUGAAAGUAGAAGGUAUACCAAUGUUAGACUCACUAAUUAAUUAUUAAACAUGUGCAAGUUUAUUCUUUUCCUCCAAUUACACAUAUGGUUAUACCUUUAAGUCCUUGAAGUGAUCAACAUGCAACUGAUAGAUAGUAACGUUAUAAGGAAGAUACUCGGAAGCAAAUCAUUUUUAAUAUUUCUUUCUUUUCACUGUUAUUGUGCUGUUUCAUCUUCUUAGAGUUAGAAGGGAUGUUGAUGUCUUUGAUAGGGCUCUUGCCAACAAAACUGCUGUUGUAAAGAAAGAUACUGAGGUAUGAUAUAACUAUUAACCCUUUACACCUGAACAUCAGUAUCUAUAUUCUCUAUACUCUUCUCCGUAUGUUUCUUUUGAUACGGACGAGGAGAAUUCAGUUAAGGAUAAAUGUUUCUUAGGUUGGCAAUCAUUUCCUUUAUUCUCAUGAUCUUAAUAAAUGGUUUAGCUGUAUUACUGUGAGGAGAAACUAGAUGCUUGUCACUCCUAGGGUUUUAAGGGGUUAAUAUUAUUAUCAUGGUAACCAUAGAUGAAAUUUAUGUGCAGUUUUUUCUUUGGAAAAAAAUAUCAUUUGAUGACUUUUUCAUAACUAAAAAAAUUUUUUUUGCUCUUUUUGCAGGGAUUUUCAGCAGCUGAUGAGUUUAACAGGAUGAAAUAUGAAGGUAAUUUACAUUUUUCUUUCUUACAUAGCAUCCAAUUAACUAGUAUGUGUGUUCUAGAUAAUUGCAGGUUACAAAGUGUAGUGAGGUAAUGAUAAAAUGCAAGUCAGAGAGUCAAUUGAUGUUUUUUCUUGCCUACUUAUUGUUUAUAAAUUUAUUUAUCUUUCUGGUGUUUAGAAACAUCUUCUCUUGCUGGGGAAUUCAGAAGCAAGUUUCCAGAGCCAGUGUCCACUGGCAGUGUGUUAGAUCUUCAACAACAGGCCUAUCUCAGGUUAGCAUUGACAGUGUAAAGAUUACAAUGCUAAUGAUGAGUUCAUCGAACUGGUCUUUAGAGCUGAUUACAGGUGGCAGAUACAAACACUAGAGACUAAUAAAUGCACGAGUUUGAAAGACACUUAUUCAUAGUUGAUAAAGUGUUAAUUCAUUUUUUGUGUUUCAUCUAUAGAGAACAAGAAGGCAAACUUGCAGCAUUGAGAUCAAGUGAGUGAAUAACAAAAUGCUGAUUUUCACAUAGCAAUAAUGUCAUCUUAGUUGUGCCUCACUUUUAUUUUAGAUUUUUGGAAGAGAAACACAGAUUUGCAUCAAUAUAUUAAUAGACUUUUUCUCCUUUGAAAAUGUGUUGGCUAAUUUUGGUGCUAUAACAACUUAAAAUGUUUCAAAGAAUAAGAGAUUGGUUAACCCUUUGGCUCCAAAGAGUGACUAGCAUCUAAUUUCUCCUUACCAUACCACCCCUGAAUUAAGCAUUUCGAUCACAAGAAUAAAAGAAGUGAUAAUCAACUAAAGAAGCUACUGAUUGUUUAACAAAUACUCCUUAGCAACACCUAAGGAAAUGUAAAAAGAACAGUAUGGAGAAUAUGCAUUCUUAUGUGAGGAUGUAAAGGGGUAGGGGAGUGUGAGCUGGGUUGAGAUCAAUUUUUUUUUUUUGAGACCUGAAUUUUACAUCCCUAGUGUGAGAUUGGGUAGGCACGUAUUACUGCAUCUAGUAGUGUCUUCAGUUGACAGUCAUUCUUACUGACAAUUAAUGUAUUGUUAACAGAUCCCAGCAAAAGUAACAAACAGUCUCCUAGAGGUGGACAACCUUACCAAGUAAGUUUCUUUCAUUUAAAUUUUUCCCUUAUCUUAUUAUCUUACAAAGCCUAAAUGCAAAGUAUUUAGAUUUAGCUUUUCCUAUACUGGAUAAUUCUCAUUGACAGAAUCCAACCAUGCCUUAGAGUGAUAAUCGUAUUUCUUUACUUGCACUGUUUGUAAUUACCAAUUUGCCACUAAUAAGUUAAAAGUAUUGUUUUAAAGCUGUGAGGGUAAAUCAGAAAACUGCAAUCAUUUCCUGAGAGAUUGAUGUCAUUGAGAAACCAAACCUUGGGAAAAACAAAUAAGUGUGAUUCAUAUGGAGAACGAGAUUUUUCCAUUAAAUAGCUGUCUUUUAAUCAGACCAUGGAUACCAAAGCUGAUAGAAGUCUCCUCCCAUUACCUAUUGCGCCAUCUAAUGUUCCUCUAUUUAUAGUUGGCAAGACGUCCACCAAGUCGUGACUCUCUUUUGGAAUCAGAAAGUCAAUUCCUUGCUGUUGAUGACCCAAAGCAACUGCUUCCAAUAGAACAAAUGGUAUCGUCCAGGCCAAGGCAAUCAUCUGCCAGAGAAAGACGGAGAUGGAAGCAACUUGAAGAAAUGGCAAGAAACCCUAGAGUAAGAAAGUUUAAAGCUUGUCAUGUUUUCCCAAGUGCCAAUCACAGGUUUCCCUGUGACAGCUAGUUUGCCAGAGGGUGACUGUAUCUAAAGGAUGCUGUUUUUCAUGUCAUAAAUUGAUAGAACGAAUUGUCAUUCAAACCUGGGUUAGAUUUGGGUGUGACAAAUUUCAUUUUCACCCUUAAAACAAAUGUUUUCUGGAUUUCACACAUUGAUCUAACAAACAGUUCAGCAAGGCAAUAGUGGCCAAAGAAAAACAGCUAUCCCUGGAACUUUGCAGAUGCACUGUCACAGGAGUCCUUACUGUCUUUCAGUUUAUGGUCUAAAAUUUGGCUUGUGUUUUUAAGGUGGGCAGGUGUUGCUGGAAAGUUGUGUUUUGGGUGUCUCAGUUAAUAGUUAUCAUUUCCUAGUUAUGUCUCAAAUUUAUGAUGAACUUACUUGCCAAAACCCUGCAAAGUAACCAGACUAUGAGAGGAGUUCUCUGGCUUCCAACUCUACCAUAGCUAUCAAGGUGGUAUGAAAUUGCCUUCAGCAAUUUAGACCUAAAAUUACUCCCCACUAAGAUGAAACAACCUUCCCUCUUAUUUUGAUACCAGGUUGUCUCCCUCAGACCAUUAUUACUCCUUUUUGUUGUUUUAAUGAAGAAUUAACUUAGUUUCCCGUUUUUAAACUGGCGAAGGCAAAAGGAAACUUUGAAUUUAAACCAUUCAUAGCACAUUAUGUGACAAAAUGGCACUUAAUGUUUAUUUUUCAGCCUCAUGACACUUACAAGCCUCCAACCCCUGGUGGUUUCUCUUUAAAUUCUGUCACAAGUUUUAAUGUGGAUGAAGUAGCAAAUAAGAAUGAGGAGAGGCUAAAAAGACUUGAACUCAUCCAGCAAGGACAUGGAAGCAGGAACAGCUUGCAAGGUGACCCUGAUCAGGUCCUACAACGAUUCAUGGAUGGUAGAAGGUAAUCCACUGUCUGCCUUGUAUAUACUGUUUAUUUGAUUAAGAGAAUGAAUCUUUGGUUUUAACCAGAAGCUUAGUGCAAAGUUUUGAAAAGGCUAUCAUAUUUUAACCUUUACAAUAUCAAUACAUAAUCAAGCAGGCAAGUGAUGAGAAUAGAGAAAAUUAUCAAGUAGGAGAUUUUCAGUUGAUCCAACACCAAAUUCUGUGAUGUAACUUCAUAAGAAUUGUAUAGCAGACAGUAUGGAGAAUUACUAAUGAGAUUUUGGAAUUGUAAGCGUUAAGAAAUGCUUUAUGAGUAUUUGUUUAAAUUAAGUAGUGUUCCUAAUCUGUUGUUUGCCUGUUUUUUUUCCCUUAUCAUGCAGUCGUCCUUCCGUCUUUGGCAGUAGACUGUCAGAAGCCUCACUUGAAGCAGAAACAUCUUUUGAACCCAUAUGAAACCUGCAUGGUCUACUACUCUAGCUGUGUGUCAAAGAUCUUAUCUCACCUUUAUUCCUUUGCAAAGUCUAUAAGUUUGUACUUGAGAUAGCAGGCUAGCUUCCCUGCUAAUUUGAGAAUUUUCCCAUGCAAACCCUUGCACCCAGAUACUGGAAUGAAACUUAAUAGGUUGUACCUCGUUCAUAUCUUUACCUUAGCUAAAAUUGCUGGCACAUAAGAUGAAAUUGAUCCCAAAAACUACAAGGCCUGGUCCAUUCCAGGGUCUGAUUUAUUUAAGACCAAGAUUUCUCUUCAGCAGGAGUACAGUCAUGUGUGUGGAAAAAAGAAAUAUUGUCAUGGCAACUCCUUCCUGUACUGUCACCAAAUUAUUUGGGGGGAGGGGUGGGGGCAACAUUCAUACAGUUGUAACAUACUAUGAAUAAACUACAAAGAAGGUUUUUUUAUAUUGUUAACUACAGUUAUAUUACAAGGGAAUAUAUUGAGUGAGUGCGUAAUUUAUAAUGUUAUCUAACUUCUCAUGGGUCUUGUAUCAUAUUCUUACUGCUUGUACAUAUGUAUCUUUUUAUACAUGGUUUCCUUUCACUGAAAUGCAUAUCUGCAGUUUUUAUGAGGACAGAUUAUGAUGUAUAUAGAACUGCAAUGUGCAGUGAUAUUGUGGAGUGAACCUGCACAAAGCAAUUGGUAUUUUAACAUGUCACAGGCAACUACAAAUAUUUAUAACUUAUAGAUGUUAGGGACCUACAGGCUGGUUGUUCAAAACAUGUUGAAGCUAAUUAUGGGUUAGUGCAAAUUUAUAUCAGUGCUCAGUAGCUUUUAUAUUCAGGGUCAGUUCAAUCACAAAUGUUGGUCAAGGUGUAGGCUUAGGAAAUCACUUAAAAGGCAUGUGUAACUGAUUGAAAGGGUCAACAUUUUUCGCUUGCCUCUUACAUGCAUAUGAAAUUUACUUGUGAAAUGAUUGGGAAAUCACAUAAAGACUGUGCCUUAAAACAUUGCAGAGGCCUGAGUACAUGCAGAUAUGUGUCAAGCUUAUUUAAUGAUUAACUUUGCUGACAGUAUUACAUUGUACUUUCCCCUAAAAAAUAGCCCAUACAUAUACUAUUAGGCAAGAAAUAUCAAAAUCUCCCUCCAUACUCAUGUUUUUACCAAAAGAUUGAAAAUUUCGGUAUGAAGUUUGAGCCUUAGGAACUACCUAAGGCAAUUUUUAGGUAAAAUAGUUAUUUCAGUCACAUCGAAAAGGUGUCAAUCUUAUGAAGUGCUUGUUUACACAUAAAGCUUAACAUUGGAUCUUAAUAGAAAGGUCUGUGGGUAACUGUGGUUGAAAAUAAAAUGAAUGAAAUGAUAAAUCAUAGCUCAUAUAGUACUUUCAAUCAGUAAUUUUAAGUUUUCCCUGAAGUUUGCCUUGUUUCUGUCUUGUUUGAAACUUCAUGUCUUUUUCCAGUUGGC